UGACAAGUGUCAUAACAUUUCCGAGAGACGAGAAUCGCAUGUUAUAUUUGUUACUAAAUCAAAGUUGUCUUGAAUAAAUAAUUUCCGAUCCCCACCACGGCGGAAUCCAGCUUUCACCAUGGGUACGGCGAUGUUCGCGCGCGUUACGUUCUAUCCCUCGUUGCUUUACAAUGUUUUAAUGGAAAAGGUGACUAGUAGACGAUGGUACGAUAGAAUGGAUGAUCAUGUAAUCCUUGGAGCCCUUCCUUUCCAGGGAAUGACAAAGCAGUUAAUUGAAGAGGAAAAUAUCAAAGGUGUUGUUUCAAUGAAUGAGGCAUAUGAAUUGAAAAUUUUUUCAAAUGACGCUGGGAGAUGGCAUGAACAUGGUGUACAAUUUCUCCAAUUAGCCACAACAGAUAUCUUUGAAGCACCAGAUCAGGAUAAAUUAUAUGAAGGAGUCAGAUUUAUAAAUAGAUUCCUUCCUAGUAGUAAUAAACUGUCCGGAUUAACCCUAGAUGACAAACAAACAAACAGCGGUACUGUAUAUGUACAUUGUAAAGCAGGACGAACUCGAAGUGCUACUCUGGUAGGCUGUUAUCUCAUGAUGAAAAAUGGUUGGACACCAACCGAGGCAGUGGAAUACAUGCGGUCCCGAAGACCACACAUACUUCUUCAUACGAAGCAGUGGCAAGCUCUAGAUAUAUUCCACCAGAGACAUAUCAAAUCGUGAUAAUAUAAAUAUAAACUGUAUGAGAGUAUUAAUUUUAUUGUAGAUAGUCAAAUACAACCUUAAAAUAUGUAUAAAUAAAUACGACUUAUAACAAAUAGAUCAGCCCCUCUACUAUGCAACUUAAUGUUUUGUUUUUUUUUUUAUAAAAUAGGGGGCAAACGGGCAGGAGGCUCACCUGAUGUUAAGUGAUACCGCCCCCCAUG